AUGGCCCCCUUGGCUCAGACCCUGGCACUGCUGGCAAUGACCGUGGCCACCAUGGGCAUCGAGGUGAAGCCCCUGGACAUGGCCCAGAACUCCUUUGAUGACCAGUACCUGAAGUGUAAGGAUGAAAUGACUGAGAAGUUGCCAGAACUCAAGCGCUCUGAUUUCCUCAAGAAUGACAAGUUUGCCGAGGUCUGGACAAAUGCAACGGCCGAGUGGCAGAAUCGAGGCUCCCAUUCAUCCUCUCUGACCAAUGACCAGGCCAUCGCUGUCAUGGCCUACACGAUGAAGUACGUGUACAGGGAGUUCAAUGAUGCUGUGCGUGAGGCUGGACGCUCCAGCCAGGAAUACCGGGACAACUUCCACUUCAAAACGCUGCAUUUCCUGCUGACCGACGUCCUCCAGAAGCUGAGAGUCCCUAAUAAUAAGUGUCUGGAUGUGUUCCGGGGGGUGAGGAAAUACCAGUUCAAUGCAAAACUUGGUGAUAAAGUUCGCUUCGGUCAAUUCGCUUUGUCGUCUCUGGACAAAAAGGUGGCCCAGCGUUAUGGGACAGUCACGAUGUUCGAGGUGCACACGUGCCACGGCGUGGACAUCCAGAAUUUUUCCUACGAUCCUAAAAACCGUGAGGUGCUGAUCCCACCCUUUGAGAUCUUUGAGGUCACUGAUGUCAAGAUGGAAGGAAGCACGAUGAACAUUGGACUUCGCUCCACUGGGAACUCCAGCAAGUACAACUGCGAGUGGCUGCGAGGUGGGAGCCUCCCCAGGAACUCCCCCACCUUGGGGGGCUUCUCCUAG